AUGGAGCCCAUGCCGCUGCAGGACUUCGCUAGCUUCCUGGACCCCGCCUCCCUUCCGCGCGUGCUGCGGGUCUGCUCCGGAGUCUACUUCGAGGGUUCCAUCUAUGAGCUUUUUGGGAAUGAGUGUUGCCUCUCCACAGGGGACCUGAUCAAGGUCACCCAUGUUCACCUCCACAAGGUGGUCUGUGAAAACCCAGAGACAGGUCAGACCUUGGAGCUCAACCCCAACUUCUCAGGUCUCUUCAGCACACUCACCAGCCUGCAGAGCUACAGAACCCUGGACAAGCUCAUCUCUGCCAUGCCUCAGAACGCCACACAGCAGCCCAUUUACUUCAAGUCAACUCAAAGAAUUGUCACAGAGGCCAGGGUGGUGCCUGUGAACCAGCCCCUCAGGCUUGAGGCUGUAGAGAUGCAUCAUGGGACCCACUAUGCACGCUGUGUCCAGGACUCAAAGAACCAGGAGAUCAUCCUCCAUCUGCCCCUUUCCCAGAAUGGACCCUUCUGGAGAUGCAAGCCUGGUCCCCCACAAACUCUGCUCCAAAUCCUGCAGGACCCAGCCAUGACGGGCCUUAUGCUCACCUGCCCCAGCCUACCCUGGCGCACCGUGAUCCUGAAGCCCCAGUAUAUGCUCCAAGCCGUGAUGCACAUGCGCCGCACCAUUGUCAAGAUCCCAUCCACCCUGGAGGUGGAGGUAGAAGACGUCACCGCCUCCUCCCAGCACAUCCACUUCAUCAAACCGCUGCUGCUGAGUGAGGUCCUGGCCCAGGGAGGCCCCUUCCCAAUGUCCACUGAGAUCCUGGAGGUUCCUGAGGGCCCACCCAUCUUCCUCAGCCCCUGGGUGGGCUCCCUACGCAAAGGCCAGAGGCUCUGCAUCUACGGGCCAGCCUCGCCACCCUGGCGGGUCGUGGCCUCAAGCAAGAGCCGAAGAGUUCCCAGAUACUUUUUUCUCUCUGGGGCCUACCAGGGCAAGCUGAGGCGGAGGCCAAGGGAGUUCCCCACGGCCUAUGACCUUCUGGGUGCUCUCCAGCCAGGUCGACCCCUCAGGGUGGUGGCCACAAAAGACUGUGAUGGAAAUGAAGAGGAGAACCCUGGGUUUUCUUUCCUGGCUGUGGGUGAUCGGCUGGAGGUGCUGAGGCAAGGCCAGGUCUGUGGGACCCAGGGCCAGGGCAUAGAUGUCGUGAUAUGUCAGCGUCUGAGUGAGCAGGCCGGGGAGGAAGAGGAGGAGUUGGAGGAGGAAGAGGAGGAAGUGGAGAGCAAAGAACAGAUUCUGCUACCCCUCUACCUCUCUGGUAGCUUUGUGGAGGAGGUGACUGAUGGCCGGCGCUACAGCCUAACAGAUCUCACUGCCCAGUUCCCCCUGCCCUGUGAGGUCAAGGUGGUGGCCAAGGAUGCCCAGCACCCCACUGACCCUCUGGUCUCCUUCCCCGGCCUGCGGCUGGAGGAGAGGCUCGCAGAACCCUCUUUGGUGGUAGGCCUGGAUUCCCAGCCAGAAAUGUGCUUUGAAAUCCCUCCCCGGUGGAUGGACCUGACUGUAGCAGAGGUUGAAGGGCAGCCGGGUCAGGUGGCUAGGCCACUCUCUGUCGCCAGGGUAGAGGAACUGUCAGAAGCCUUCUACUACAGUCUCCGGAAGCUGCCAGCCUCUGAGAGCCAAGCACCCCCACCCAGGCCCCCAAAGAGCAAGAGUGUCAGUGUGCAGAAGCAGAUCAUACAGAGCUGCAAAGAAGACAGUGUGAAGUCUCAAGUUAUAAGACAACAGGAAUCCUACCCACAGCCUGAACCCAAGGCGAAGACGACCUUGGAAGACCUUCCCAAGGACAAAUCAAAUCUGUACAGCAAGAUUCCUGUCCACAAGAAAGACCUUAAAUCCCAGACUCAAACCCAGGAUUCAGUGGUGGGCAUGACAUCCAAACCCUCAAGCACACUCGGCAAAUAUUCUAUCACUGAGUCAUAUCCCCUGCCUGACCCAGAUAUGGAUGACCAUGACUAUGAAGAAAUUUGAGCCCUUUCAGAAAAUCAUCUAGGUACUGGGGAGGCCACAGUUCCCAGCUGCUGCUGCACUCUUGAGACCUAGGGCAAAGUCUCCAGGGACUCAGACUCGGAUGGGCAUGGAACUGAAAAUGGGACAGACACUAUUCCUACCUAGUUGUAGAAUAAUCCUUCUCUAUACUGUGAGUAUGUGUUGCUCUCAUUGGUUAA